AUGGGCCAGAAAUCGAAAGAUACCCUGGCUGUGCGACCUCAGAGUCGUGGUCGGCGCUCUCGCAGUCGGUCGCCGAACCCCAAGGGUGGUAAGCCUGCAAAGAUUGCAAGCUAUGCCUCGGAUGGUGUGCGAGACAAUGACAUUCUUAACCUCCCCGCUUCCGACUAUAAGCUUCUGGUGCUGGUGACGUUGAUUGCGGCCGCCGUCCGCCUAUUCCGCAUUUACCAGCCCAGCAGCGUUGUUUUCGAUGAAGUCCACUUCGGUGGCUUCGCAACCAAAUACAUCAAGGGAAGGUUCUUUAUGGAUGUUCACCCCCCGCUUGCCAAACUGUUGAUCACGCUGGCUGGCUGGCUGGCUGGCUUCGACGGAGAAUUUGAUUUCAAGGAUAUUGGCAAGGACUACAUUGAGCCUGGCGUGCCCUAUGUGGCGAUGCGCAUGCUCCCCGCCAUUCUCGGUGUUUUCACCGUCUCGUUGAUGUUUUUGACUCUCAAGGCAACUGGAUGCCGAACCUCGACUGCAGUCAUGGGUGCUGGCGUCGUUAUUUUCGAUAACGCGCUGACAACUCAAUCCCGCCUGAUUCUUCUGGACUCGCCCCUCGUCUUCUUCACUGCUCUGACUGCUCUGGCAUUCAACUGCUUCACAAACCAGCAGGAAUUGGGGCCCGCUUAUGCUUUCAAGGGCCCUUGGUGGUUCUGGUUGGCUGCAACGGGUGUCUCGCUCGGCGCUACUCUCAGUGUUAAGUGGGUUGGACUUUUCACCAUGGCCUGGGUUGGAUCCCUCACAGCUCUCCAGCUUUGGGUGGUGCUCGGUGACUCGAAGACUGUGACUCCGCGCUUGUGGUUCAAGCACUUCUUCUCUCGGGUCUUCUGCCUGAUUGUCAUCCCUCUCGCGUUCUAUAUGGCCAUGUUUGGCAUCCACUUCCUCUGCCUGGUUAACCCCGGAGAGGGUGAUGGUUUCAUGUCGUCGGAAUUCCAGGCCACCCUAAACUCGAAGUCCAUGCAGGACGUGCCGGCCGAUGUUUCUUUCGGCUCUCGUAUCAGCCUUCGUCAUCACAACACCCAGGGUGGUUACCUGCACUCGCACAACCACAUGUACCCCACUGGGAGCAAGCAGCAACAGAUCACUCUCUAUCCCCACAAGGAUGAGAACAAUGUUUUCAUCAUGGAGAACCAGACUCAGCCCCUUGGUCCCUAUGGUGAGAUCGAGGGCCCUUAUGCCUGGGACAACAACACCGCAAGCUUCAUCGAGGAUGGAGCCGUCAUCCGCCUUUACCAUGAGAUUACCCACCGACGUGUUCACUCCCACGAGGAGCGCCCGCCUGUGACUGAAGCGGACUGGCAGUUCGAGGUCUCUGCCUACGGAUACGAAGGCUUCCCUGGUGAUGCCAACGACCUGUUCAAGAUUGAGAUUGUGAAGUCCUUGUCUGAGGGUGCCGAAGCCAAGAAGCGCGUACGCACCAUUCAGACCAAGUUCAGGCUUGUGCACGUCAUGACUGGCUGUGUUCUGUUCUCCCACAAGGUCAAGCUUCCCGACUGGGGCUUUGAGCAGCAAGAAGUUACCUGCGCUCGUGGUGGUACACUGCCUAACAGCGUUUGGUACAUCGAAUCCAACACCCACCCCAUGAUUCCCGCGAAUGCUGAGAAGGUCAACUACCGCAACCCUGGCUUCUUGGGCAAGUUUUGGGAGCUGCAGAAAGUCAUGUGGACCACCAACGCGGGCCUGGUUGAGUCGCACGCUUGGGACUCCCGCCCUCCGUCGUGGCCUACCCUUCUCCGUGGUAUUAACUUCUGGGGCAAGGAUAACCGUCAGAUUUACCUCCUGGGCAACCCUCUCAUCUGGUGGUCUUCGACCGCGGCCAUUGGUAUCUACUUCCUUUUCAAGGCCAUCUCGGUCAUUCGCUGGCAGCGCAGCUGCAAUGACUACCGCCAUGUCUCGUUCAAGCGCUUUGACUACGAAGUCGGCACCAGCGUUCUCGGAUGGUUCUUCCACUACUUCCCAUUCUUCUUGAUGGCCCGCCAGCUCUUCCUGCACCACUAUCUUCCGGCUCUGUACUUCGCCAUCAUGGUGCUCUGCCAAGAGUUUGACUUUAUCACCAACCGCAUUAAGAGCUUUGGACUGGCGUCGCGGCCUGCUAUUGGAAAGACCCUGAUGGCCGGAUUCCUGAUUUCUAGCAUUGCGGUGUUCGCUCUUUACUCUCCCUUGAUCUACGGUAACCCCUGGACCCAGAGUGCCUGCCAGAAGGUGAAGCUUCUGGAUGGUUGGGAUUUCGACUGCAACACCUUUCACACCGACCUGAGCCAAUAUGUUACCGAUGUCGACAACUUCAUGCACGUCGUUCCGACCGAGCAAGCCCAGAUUCACAAGCCCGCGCCCCAGCAGGCCCAGGCGCCCCCCAAGCUCUCUGGCUCCAUGGCCCGCGUUGAGUACCGCGACCAGCAUGGCAACGUUCUCCCAGAUGAUCUGGUCGCUUCGCUCCGUGCGGAGGGCAAGGUCAAGUUCGAGACCCGCUACGAGUCCCGCUCCAAGCUCGAGAACGCGCAGGAUAUCCCAAUCGUGGAUGGCCAGCUUGCGCCUCCGCACCCGGAUGUCCAGGGCCAGAACCCCGAAACCGGUCUUGGAAAGCCCGAGGACUCGGUCCCGCCUGAGAGCCCUGCCUCGGUGGUUGAGGGAAAUGUGCGCUCGGUAGAAAGCUCUGGUUCCCCUGAGGCGAAGCCCGCAAGUGAGGGUAAUGAAGCUACUAAGCAUUGA